AUGAUAGGUCGUGGUUGGAAGCACAAGGUUGAAGUGGAUGCAGAAGGAGCUGCAGUGGAGAAGAAAGUAAAGCCUGAUGGAGUUGAGAAGAAAGAGGAAGAAACGGGUCAAAGGGUGAUCAUCGAACACUGGCGGAAUGCUGAAAGUGUGCGUGAGGCACUUGCGGCAUCUCACCCUGAACUUUGCGUGGUGCUCAAUCCACAGAAACCUCGGUGGAACAGCUUUGAGGUCACUCUGAUGCAGGGGGACGAAGAGGUUCUUUUGUGGUCUGGCAUUAAGAAGGGUCCUCCUUGCAAACUGAAUUUUCCUGAUCCAGCUGAGGUGGUGACGGCCCUGGAGGAAGCUCUGGAGAGCAAGUAGAGGUUAAGAUGAGACAGGUGAGAGAUGCAUCUGUGGCUGUUAGCUCUCUAAACAUCUUUCUGGAUCUUUCUCUGAUCUAAUUUUCUUCCUUAAGUCAAUCAUCUUCCUGGACACUGGAUGCAUAAUGAUGUAAAUGGACUAAUGGGAAAACCUCCCUGUCUGUUACUGAUGAUCAGCUCUGUUGUCCUGGACCGGAUAGCUGACCACAUCUUGUUUCUUCUCAAACCUAUUGUUCAUGUUCUUUGUUCACAAAAUUAGUUUUAGAUUACUAUGACCUUUCUCUUUAAUUGUGUUGAAGUUUUCUUAAUCUCUUUUUUACUGAUUUGAUUUUAUGCAAAUAAAGUUUCUGUGUUUUAUGCUGUUUAGGGUGUUAUCUUUAAAAUACUUUAAAAUGGGGUCUUGCAUUUAACAUAAAUGGUGAUCAGUGCAUGUUCAUACAUUAAAUACUGGCUACUGAAAUCCAGGAUCUUUUGGGGUUCAUGACUCAUAAUUUUAUACAUAAAUGUCCAGCACUCCAUGAGUAAAUUAAUGCAGUUUGCUUUGGAGUAAAUUAUGGAUGUGUGCCAUUCACAAUUGCCUCUGACCUAGUUUUAAAGAUAUAGUUCACCCAAAAAUGAAAAAUCUCUCAUCAUUUACUCACCCUCAUGCCAUCCCAGAUGUGCAUGACUUUCUUUCUUCUGCAGAACACAAAUAAAGAUUUUUAGAAGAAUAUUUCAGCUCUGUAGGUCCAAAUGCAAAUGAAUGGUGAACAGAACUUUGAAGCUCCAAAAGCUUAUAAAGGCAGCAUAAAAGUUAUCCAUACGACUCCAGUGGCUAAAUCCAUGUCUUCAGAAGUGUUAUGAAGAGUCAAUAUUUAAUCCCUCUUUUUUUUAUUUUUUUUACUGAAAAUCUACAUGUUCACUUUAACAUUCUGGUGUAGAAGUGACUUUCACAUUCAGACACCCACUGGUUGGGGCUGGUCAAAGGUGGAGAUUGAUUGUAAAAAAGGACUUAAAUAUUGAUCUGUUUCUCAAAAGCAUAUAUAUACUGUUUCUGAUGAGAAUCAGCUGUUUUGUCUUAAGGACAGAUUUCCCAAUGAAUGUUUUGUCACCAUGAACAAUGGUAAGGUCUUGUUUCCAAAUGCAUUGUCGCUUGUGCUGGUUGUGGCUAAAAUGUGAAACCCUUAUGGGGUCUCAUUCUUUUGUGGCAAACAUGAGAUUACACUGACUAAUUAUUUUAAGUAACUUUACUGAGAUUAUUGAUGAAUUAAGAUUAGUUAAGUGUGCACUCUUUAUAUAUUUAUUUUUUGAUAGUGGAAGCUAUCGAAGUCAGGUUGGGUUUUUCUAAGUGAGAUACCUGGCUUCACUUGGGUAGUUGACUUUAAAUACUUUUAUUUACGGAAUAUUGUAUCUCACAGUGUGACAUUCAAUACUUCACCUAACAAUUUUUGUAAUUAUUAUGCAUAAAGCUUUUAUGAACUCAUAAGAGGCUACAUGGAAUAUUUGCACUUUUAAAAAUGCAUUUGUUGCCACAGGACCAUUUAAAAUAAUGGAGUGUCUAUUUGCACCCUGGUGUAAA